AUGUCAGCCUCGAAUCUAGAACCUGGUGCGGGGAAUGAACGGUUCAACGCCGAGGCCGCGACAUGGGACAGCAAUCCUUUUGUCCGCGCGAGGAGCCUCGAAGCGUGGAAGGCUAUACAAGCUCGUGUUCCAGCUCUAUUUGGGCCAGACCGCGCCCAAUCCAAGCCGAAUGUGUUGGAAAUUGGUUGUGGGACAGGCUUGCUCAGUCUGGAGGUCGCGCCAUCUGCUAAACGGCUGGUGGCAAUAGAUGCAGCCGAGGGAAUGAUCCGAGUGCUUUCAUCAAAGCUAGAAAGCCCAAGCACGCCUGAUAAUAUUCAACCUUUGGCUAUUUUGCUUGAGGAUCCUGAGGAUGAGAGGCUACCUCCAGCAGACGAGGCGAGACCGCGUGGACUAAGGCUCAAAUACGAUCUCAUCAUCUCAAACCUAGUACUGCAUCAUAUCAAGGAUAUUAAAUCGAUGUUGAUUACGAUGCUUGGAUGUUUGAAGCAAGGAGGUGUAGUGGCCCUGACGGACUUCGAGGACUUUGGGCCAGACGCAAAAUGGUUUCAUCCCGAGGCGAAGAUGGCCGGUGUAGAGCACCAUGGAAUCGGAAGGGAGUGGAUGGCUGGGCUGAUGAAGGAAGUUGGCUUCAAGGACGUCAAGGUCGAAGUGGAAUGGGAACAUCCAAAGUUGGUAGAGAAGUACCCCGGGGAGUUCAAGAACGGCAAACCUGCAGCAGGGCAGGGCGAUCUGAUGACUUUCACGUAUGUCUUAUGUUUCGGUAGACGCGAAUAG